GUUACACUCCAGAGAGAGGAUGUGCCAAAUCUUUCCCGCCCUUUCGGCAGUCAACCUACAUAAAUCGUGCCAGAUGGUCCGCUCUCUAACCUGCCAGUGCGAGAAGUGUUUGUUGAAAACAGAAGACACAGAAAUGGGUGAAGAAACGUACACAGUUUACACCAGAAUGGAAGAAAUAACCGAACAGGAGGACAGGCACCUUGCUGGAGCGAAGAAAGAGAUCAGAAAUGACUUGACUGUGAUCAUACCAGAGAAUCCGUUUCCAGAGAUCGAAGUAGAUGCGUACCCUCCACUAAAAUUCUCGUGGGUCAUUCCAAAGAAAUUGGCAGCGAUGGCUUUCCCCAGAAACGUUGAGAAUUUAAAGUUUCUUACCAACCAGGGUAUCACGCACCUGGUAACACUGACAGCCGGCAAGAAGCCGCCAGUGGACGAUAUUGCCAGGUUGCGGUGGACGGAAGUGCCGGUUGAGGAGUUCGAAGUACCCACAGUUGAUGACGUCAAAAAGUUUAUUGAUGUCUGUAAACGGGCCGACAAAAAUGGCGAGGUCAUAGGCAUCCACUGCCGGCAAGGCCGCAGCCGCUCCGGCGUGAUGCUGGCUUGCUACCUGGUGCACUUCCACCGGUUCCUGCCCGACCAGGCCAUGAACGUCAUCCGGAUGAUCCGACCAGGGUCCUUAGACGCCGAGGAGCACGAAGAGGCCGUGGGCAACUACUUCAUGUACUUGACAGAGGACAACCCUCUGAAGUUCGGAGUGAGCGUCGAAGUGAUGGAGGAAUUCAUGCAAGCCGCCAAGGACGCCACCAAAAAGGUGCUGGAUUGAAUUGUGAUGAUUGUGAUGUGUGAUGAUGUACCUGAGAUUAAAUGUUGACUGUUUUGUUUA